UUUGUUUUUAAAUGCAAUGAAGUGAUGAAGGUUUUACCAGUGUUUGUUAUUGUUGGCUUUUGUUUCACAAAUAUUUAUACCGAUAGACUUGAUGAACGUUUUCGUCUACUUUAUUCAGAUGCAGUAAAAUGUAAUUUUGACAAAACUCUAGAUCUACAAGUCGGUGAAACGAAAGUGUACUUUUAUGAUUUUAGUAAAGACAUUAAUAUUGUGUGCAAAAUAAAUUCAGGUGUUGAUUGCAUCACAAAUACAACAAGUCUUGAUAUAUCUAGACGGCUAAUAGUGUUUGUGCCGGGAUACAAAUGUUUUAUCAAACGUGAUAUUGAAGAGUUGGUAAGACAAACGUACAAGACAAUUCCUGAUAUAUAUUUAAUAAUUAUUGACCAUUCUGCAUAUACUUAUGAGACUAAAGAAAAAUUAAGGAGUUACGAAAGAUCUGUUCUUUAUUCUUUUUAUAUCGGGAACGGGUUAGGUAAAUUUUUAGCUGGCUUCAAUAGAUAUGGUUAUCCUUCAAAAAAUAUUCAUUGUAUCGGACAUAGUUUGGGUGCCCAUAUUUUGGGGUAUGCUGGAGAAAGGUACAAUGUAGAGACAUCAGAGAAUGUAUGGAGAAUUACUGGUUUAGAUCCAGCAGGUCCUUGUUUUGCAAACGCUUCAAAGGAAGAACAACUAAGGUCUGGGAAUGCGGGUUUUGUAGAUGUAUACCACUGUAACGCCGGUCAAUUGGGAACGACGAAUGCUAUUGGAGAUGCGGAUAUAUUUUUUAACAAACAAGGAAAAAUACAGCCGGGAUGUAAAGGUCUUAGUGACGAAGAUCUAGCUAAAUGCUACCACAAGGCUUGUAUACUGUAUUGGACUAUAUCUGUACUGAGAUCCCACUUUUACCAGGCUGUCGCAUGUCCAUCAUAUGACGCCUAUAUCGCUGGCAGUUGUACUACAAACACGACUCCGAUUGGACAUUUGACAGUCGCUGUCAAGGGAAUAUUCUACGUCACAACUGAAUCUAAACAUGCUACCGACCAGUUGUGAACUUCAUCAUUUUGUAAUCGGAAAAGGCAUUUUACUCUCAAACACGUACGUUCAGUCGACAUGUUUACAAUGUUUUAGUAACCGUGGGUUUCUGAGAACCAAUUCUCUGUAAAACAUAUCGUCAUCCCUCUCAUUAUUU